GAAAAAGAUGAGGUGGAGUGCUCGGUGAUCUACUGAUCGUCCCUGGAUCCCUGAAAGUUCUCGGCUGUUCUGGUCUGAGCUGACAGCCUACAGGUCCGGAAGAUACCUGUGUGGGGAGCCACACCUCGAUACCUACGUUGCUCACUGCAGAUACACUUUCGGAGGGUCAGUGGGACACAGACUGACACUACCCGGACACACAGCUCAGUCCAGCGGGCUCAGCGGUCUCAUCUGUCCGGUCAUGUCCUCCUCCGGAGCGGUGGUCACCGUGCGGCUGGUUCGAUCCUUCGAGCACAGGAACUUCAAACCGGUGGUGUUUCAGGGGGUCAGUCUGGACCAGACGGUGCAGGACUUCAUACAGAUGGUCAAAGACGGUGAGUUUAUUUUAAGUAUAUACACAGGAGGAUGUUAGGAUUAUAUUUAUGUGACAGUAAACUAACCCUCGUGUUUUCUUCAGACAUCACAACAAGACCAGGACUCCCUCCUCCCUUUAGGAAACACGGAUACGGUGAGUCUGUUUACUGACUAAUACUGGAAAAGUUAGGGAACCUAAGAGAUCAGGUUCGAGAGUUUGGAAAGCCUAAUAUAGGAUUUCAGCAGCUCAACAGUGCAGGGUCUCCUUCGUCCUAGUAUUUUUGUGUAACGAUGCUUCAAAUAAUGACACCAAGACUGCAGGCAGGACUCUUCUACUACAGAGCCAUGCUGUUGUAAUACCUGCAGAAUGUGGUUUGUCAUUGUCUUGCUGAAAUAUGAAGGUCUUUCCUGAAAAAGUAAUUGUCUGGAUGGCAGCAGAUGUUGCUCCUAAACCUUUUAGAUAUUGUUCAGCAUUAAUGGAGUCUUGACAGAUGUAUAAGCUCCCCAUGACACAGACACUUCUGAACCUCAUCAGAAGUGGACUCAACAAGUUGCAGCUCUAAUCCUGUGGCUGGGACACAUAACGCCAUCAUAAUGUUGUUUUAAUUGUGUUUACUUAAUAUAUGCUCUGCAUCUGAUCCUCUUCUCUGAUAUUUCUUUACAUUUUCAGACACAAUGAAGAUCGUCCACCAGGCUCAUGGAGCAAAGGUUUGUCUGUUACCAAGAUGAUUAUUAUUAUUUUUUAUUUUUACUCUCUUUUCUUUGUUUUGGUGUCAUUUCUGGUUAUUUACUCCUGGGUGUGGUUGCCCAUUGUUGUUACCUGUUUGGAGGAGGCAGAAAAAAGACAAUUCAUUACGGCUUGUUUGAUUUAAAAGUUCAUUGGGGGAAGAUCCCCAGAAUUUUCAAUGAUUUUGCCAGUGAAGUGUCAAAUGUAAGAUUAAGUGCCCUUUCUCCAGUCAUCCUGUCAUUAAAACUCUGGCUUUAACUACAACUCUCAGUAAAUUUGCAUUGUUAUUUGAGAUGCUGAUUAUGAAAGACUAUGAUAAAAUGAAAAAUAAAAAAUCACUAGUAUUUAGGCCAGAGUUACAGCUCUGGUUUCAGGCGAUCUGUUGGGGAAUCCAGGAUUUUACUGCUAUAUAGGAAGAAUUGUUCGGCUUUCACGGAACAUUAAAUUUACUUUGUUUUUCCUCCUUUUUUUCAGACCAAUGAGCUUGUGAUGAGUUUAGACGGCGAUGAAGAGUUGAUCCUGAGAGAUGCUCUGACUCUGAAAGCUGCUGGUGUUGGUAAGAGUCAACUUUUAUUGCAAACUGAAAAAAGAUUCACCAGCUUUCCUCUGACAUUCCUCACACUUUAUCUUUCCUGGUGAUACAUUCAUAAAAACAAAAAAAAAUCUAUUUACAUGAAGAUCUUAUUGCACAAUCCCUACAUCAAGUCAGGCACAGGAGUCUAUUGGUUAUUCAUGAUGACUUUAAUACUUAGACUGAUAAUGAGUGUUUACUGCUGCUCAUAGUUCAGUAAAAAUGAAAAAUAUAACCCACAUCUGUGUUUCUUUUUUGUUUUUGUUUCAGCCAAUGAAACAGAGGUGGCUUUCUUCAGGAGAGAAGAUUACGGUGUCUUUAAAGCGAAUCCAAAAACUGUUUGGUGACCAAGAGGUUUUUAUUUAUGCUGAAAAAACACCCUGGAAACACGGAGGUCUAAGGUCACAAACCAACCUGGAAGAAAAGAAAAGCAGUGUCAUGUUUUGGCUGCAGAGUUUUAAUUUGAAGGACUGUUUUUAGAGUGGAGCUGUUUUCCAUCUCACAGAUGUGCCUUUUAUUUCAGGUGUUUCUUCAGGUUACCAGACCAAAAAGUUUUAGUUACAUUGUUUUUUUAAAUGUUAAAUAAAGUUUGUUGAGUGUCUGUUUGA